ACUACACACAAAUUUAUGAAAAACUUAAGUCUUACCGGCACUUAUUUUUCGACAUUCCUUUACAUCACUAAAUUCUAAAAUCAUAAAGGUACAAUAUUGUCAUGACAGAUGGAAAUACGAUUUUUCAAGUUCUUUAUCGGGUUUCUUAUUUUUAUUUUUUAUUCUGGAUAGCUUAGUGUUUAAUACUUCACACUUUCAAUUGUUGGAUCUGUGUUUGAAUCCUAGUUGGGUAGAUUGGUAUUUAGUAUUAUUUCACCUCCAUUGUAAUUGAACUGAGACAGGGUUCCCUGAAUAGAUUUGUCAUUGAUGCCUCUACGACAAGUGAUACUGGGUUCGAAUCUGAGUCGUACUGCUAGAUAACUUACAAAACUCCACUUGGAAGAGUUUGUGUUUCAAUCAUAGUUGACUAAGACAGGUUCCGAAUUGAAUAUGUCAUGGGAUAAUUCGGACAUUUAAGAAUAGCUGAGUGGUUAAAGCAGCCAGCUCUCAAUAAAGGGGAGUGAGUUCAAAUCCCAGUCUGGUCAUCCUAGGAAAGCUCCAGCCCGAGGAGUUAGUAUUUUAUAUCAUAGUUUACUGAGACAUGUUCUCAAUUGAAUAUGUCAUUGCGGCCCAAAAUCCCAGAGCAGUAAGACCAAGGAUAGCUGAGUGGUUAAAGGGGAACAUUAUCACCAGACCUAUGUAAGCGUCAAUAUAUACCUUGAUGUUGCAGAAAAAAGAGCAUAUAUUUUUUCAACCGAUUUCCGAACUCUAAAUGGGUGAAUUUUGGCGAAUUAAACGCCUUUCUAUUAUUCGCUCUCGGAGCGAUGUCACAACGUGACGUCACAUAGGGAGUCAAUCCGCCAUUUUCUCAAACACAUUAAAAACACUGAGUCAAAUCAGCUCUGUUAUUUUCCGUUUUUUCGACUGUUUUCCGUACCUGGGAGACAUCAUGCCUCGUCGGUGUGUUGUCGGAGGGUGUAACAACAUGAACAGGGACGGAUUCAAGUUGCAAAGAUGCGAAAGUGGCAAGAAAUUGGUUCGAAAUUUGUUCAAAAUACGAGGGUGUGGGGAAAGCCGACGAAAUGGUCAGUCGUUUGUUCCGCACAGACGAAAGCUAUGCUACGACAGAGAUGGCAAGAAUGUGUGGAUAUCCUGCGACACUCUAAGCAGAUGCAUUUCCAACGAUAAAGUCAAAUCUGCCGCCAGACCCCCAUUGAAUGUGCCGGAGUGUGUGAGCUAUUCAGGGACAAAGGACCUCGAUAGCACGGCAAGCAAUGGCGGCAGUUUGUUCCCGCAGACGAGCGAGCUAAACCCCCUGGAUGUCUUGGCUCACAGCGCUUCUACCGUCCCUUAUGCCACCGAAGAUGAUCAAGAGAAGAAUACUGACCCUAGCUUCCCUGGCCUGCUGACAACAACUCCAAAACUGGACAGAUCAGCUUUCAGGAAAAGAGAGCGGAUGAGGGUGUUACAGGACAUUUUUUCGAACUCUUAUCGACAUUUGACUGAAGAGGAUGAUUAUCAAACUUUUUCAAGAGCGGAUAUUGGAGUUCAGAUAUACCCUGAUGUGAAGUCUAAAGGUGUCCAGGUGAAAGUAAACGAUGUCAAACUGAAGAUGGUGUCCACGGGAACUCAGUGUGAGCUCAUCAAACCCCCCAUGGACCCUGAGGAGGCUAGUGAUGAGGAGAUGGAGUCAGAUGAGGAAUCCAUCGCUUCUGAAGAGUCCAUGGAAUGUGGUGACCCAGACUACAUGCCUGACGAGGAUGACCAUGACAAUUCUUUUAACAUACCUGCUGCCCCCUUGAGUGACUUGCCUCAGAGACAGAGGCUCUUCCUUGUGUAUGAGGGUGCAUUGAUGGACCUCUUCAGCCACUUUUCGGCCUGCCAAUCAGAAUGUGAAUGCAAGCUUCAGAGGAUGCGUGGGUCAUCCAUCACUGUACACCAGAAAUGCCUCGGCUGUAAUUUCCAGCGAUUGUGGCACAGUCAACCAUCGGAAAUGUACCAACUGGGAAUCUAAUGAUGUCCUCCGCUAUGCUGUUCAGUGGUUCCAGUGUCAGCAAAGUUCUACAGUUUCAGCAUCAUCUUGGGGUUCCAGCUAUAAGUUCACAGACCUUCAUGAAACACCAAAAUUAUUACCUCCAACCUGCCAUUAUGUCUAUGUGGAAAAAAGAACAGGCUUCUGUAGCUGAAGAAAUCCAAGCUAAUGGGGGUAAAUUUCAAGCUGCCGGGGAUGGCCGUGCAGAUAGCCCUGGCCACAGCGCUCAGUAUGGUACAUACACACUUCUGGACACUCGACUAAACAAAGUUGUUCACCUUGAAUUGGUCAAGGUACGUUGGACUUGUGAUUUUUAUCCUUAGUCAGUUUAGAGACUACAAGCAUGGGUAUUGCCAUUGUCAUGUAUGUCUUCCUCUCUGUCCGACCCAAACUUGCUGGUGGCUGGUGGUUGCCUCGUGUCUAUUGCUUCAAUGUAAUUCGCUGAUAAGGAAUGGGAACUUGAUGAUGUGAUGUUUAGCCAUGUUGUAACCUGGGUGACAAAACCCCAUUAAAUAUCCUCAUUUAAAUAUCCUUUUAAAACCCCAUUGAAUAUUCUUUCUAAUUAAAUCUUCCUAUUUAAAUAAUUUUAUUG